CAACAACCCGGAAGACGGCGUUCCACAGUCGCUGCUGGCAACAGGAGCUUCUGUCAGUCAAACUCACAGAACAAACUGUCACUAUGGCAGAGGACUUUUUAAUGGAGGUGUGUGUGGACUCCGUGGAGUCUGCUGUCAAUGCUGAACGAGGAGGUGCAGGUCGACUUGAGUUGUGUUCUAGUCUGCUGGAGGGAGGCCUCACUCCCAGUCUAGGUCUGCUGCAGGUAGUGAAGCAGUAUGUCAAAAUCCCAGUCUAUGUGAUGAUACGGCCCCGUGGGGGUGACUUCCUGUACUCAGACCAGGAGGUGGAGGUGAUGAGGAAGGACAUAGAGGUGAUGAAGAGCCAAGGAGCAGAUGGAGUAGUGCUUGGAGCCUUGACAGAGGAUGGGCGAGUGGAUGCAGAGCUCUGCAUGGAGUUAAUGGCUGCUGCCCGUCCCUUGCCUACCACCUUCCAUCGAGCUUUUGACAUGGUUCACGACCCGGCAGUUGCUCUGGAGGCUCUGAUAUCGUUAGGAUUCCAGCGUGUGCUGACGAGUGGCUGUGACAGCACUUCUUUGGAGGGACUGCCUCUCAUUAAACGGCUCAUUGAUCAGGCCAAAGGGAGAAUUAUCAUAAUGCCAGGAGGGGGUAUCACAGAAAGGAACCUGCAGAGAAUAUUAGAGGGUUCCGGCGCUCAAGAGUUUCACUGUUCAGCCCGCUCCAGUAGAGACUCUGCAAUGAAGUUCAGGAACACCUGUGUGAUGAUGGGAGCUUCUUUCUCAGCACCCGAAUAUGGCCUGAAAGUGGCAGAUGUGGGAAAAGUCCGAACUCUAAAUGCAAUCGCCAGAAAUACCUUGUGAUUGGGUACUAAGCAAUCAUGACGAACAACAAAAGCAAUACCUCAAAAGUAAUCAUACUGAUGUGUAACCACUGAUUUUGGUAUACACGUUUCUGAAUUGCCACAGAUUUCCUUUUUAGAAAAUCGGUAAUCAAGCGGUCCUUGCAAAGCCGGAGCUCAGGAACAGUCCUGCAACCUUCUUGAAUGUGCAGCCCGUCAAAGUAUCUCACAGAGCAGAGAGCUCUGAAUAAUUGUAUUGUUGUACACCUUUGUGUGUAUGAAUAUUUUUGGAGUAAUAUUCUUUGCAAAUGUGUGUGGAGAAUUGUGAAUCGUGAUGUGGGUGUGCUGAGAUUUGUAAUUAUGAUAAAGAAACAGUAAAUGUGUACUGACUUUUACAUGUAUUGAUGAACCAGCUUACAUGCUGAGUCAGGCCAAUCACCAGCAGGCAGACACUUAUUUGCACAUCUCAGACAGGACCACAGCAAAAGUUGUGUGUUAAAAAAAUAAAUAAAUCCAGCCAACUUUGAGCAUAUUUGAGGUGGAUGUGAGAAAUGUUGUAGUUCUUGAAGAUAAAUACUUUUCUGUUUCUGUCAUGAUAAAAGGACAUUUACAUUCGGUUUGUGAAGACAUGAACUAGACUCUUUCACACAGAUUUGUAUUCACAUUUAUGCCUUUUGUACUGUUUCUUUCACACAUAAAUAAUUAAAUCUCAGUACAUACAUGUUGGCAGUGUGCUUUACACAUCCACAAAUUAGACUACACACCUGGAAUGCACAAAUUCACGACUCAACACACAUUUUCUAAUAAUAUUGCUGCAAUACUACGCCUCUAUGCAUGGCCUUAGAAAUAGUUAUAUAUGACGGUUCAGAGCAGCACUUUUCCAUUUGCCAUGGACUUUAUCUAUUUAUUGACAGAACUUUGUAUUUGCAGUGGAAGAUAAUGCAAAGUACUAUGUUUUUUUUCAAAGACAGCAACAUUGAUUACUUUGCUCAUAAUUUAAUAAAAGUUUAGGAAACUCAACAA